AUGACGGACGAGGUGGGUUCCGAGGUUCAUCUAGAAAUUCAUGUUCCAGCAGUCAAUUCACAAGAAGAAGCAGACAGUCCUUUAGAUAGUGGACAGGGCAGCUCUGAGACAACUGGGCCUUUGAGUGAAGAAGAUUCAGAUGAAGAGAUAUUUGUAAGUAAGAAAUUGAAAACCAGGAAGGCACUACAAGACAGUGAUUUUGAAAUAGAUGACAUACAUGCCUCUCCAGAGAAAACUACCUAUGACAGUGCUGAGGAGGAAAAUAAAGAGAACUUAUAUGCUGGGAAAAAAGCAAAGAUGAAAAGGAUUUACAAAACUCCGGCAGGCAGUGAUGAAAGUGACAUAGAGAAGUCUUUGUAUCAAGAAAAUCUUGAAACCCACUUGACACCUUGCUCAGAGCUGAGUCUCCAAUCUGGAAACUCUCUAGACUUUACUCCUAACAGAAAGAGUUCCAAAAAACCCAUCCCUGAUCAAGAAGGAACUGGAGGAAAAGCAAAAGUGAAAUCAAAGAGAAGACUUGAGAAGGAGGAGAGAAAAAUGGAAAAAAUUAGGCGGCUAAAAAAGAAGGAAACAAAAAAGGUGGAAGAUGUCGUGGAACAGCCAUUUAACGACAGUGGCUGUCUUCUUAUGGAUAAAGACCUUUUUGAAACUGGGUUGGAGGAGGAGACUCACUCUUCAUUGGAAGAUGAAGAGUCAUUAGAAUCCAUAAGGGCAGCCAUGAAAAACAAAGUUAAAAAGCACAAGAAAAAGGAACUAUCUUUGGAGAGUGGGAUCUAUUCAUUUGAAGAAGAAAGUGAGUUAUCAAAAGCCACUGUUAAGAAGGAAAGAAAGGCAGCCAAGUUAAGCAAGGAAGAGCUUAAAAAACUGCAUAGUGAGACUCAGCGCCUUAUCCGAGAGUCUGCACUUAAUCUUCCAUACCAUAUGCCUGAGAAUAAAACCAUUCAUGAUUUCUUCAAACGUAAGCCCCGGCCCACUUGUCAGGGAAAUGCCAUGGCACUGCUAAAGUCAUCUAAAUAUCAGUCAAGCCAUCACAAAGAAAUCAUAGACACGGCAAGUAUGACUGAAGUGAACAGUGAUCAUAGCAAAGGUUCUGAACAGACAAUAGGUACAGAAAAUGAAGUGGAAAUUAAUGCACUCCCUGGGGAUUCAAAGGAACCCCAGGUCAGUACUGGAUCAGGUGAGUCUUGUGGUAAGGAUUUGGUGAGAAGUGAAGAGCUAGAACUUCAGGAGAAACAGAAGCAGAGUGAGGCUGGACCUUCCCCUGGCGACAGCUCAGUACUGCUGCAGGAAUCCAGCUUCGGGAACAAGCACAGUGAGGAGUGCCAGGCUGGAGGACUUGUGGCAUCUGAACCUCAUGCCCUGGAGGGUGAAGAUGGCCUGGAAAAAACAGAAGAAAUGAAUGAGAAAGUGGAGGAGUCCAGGCAGCAGAGUAAAUCAUUAGCAGCUGUGCCACCCGAGAAAGGGAGAAGGUUUACUCUGGACAGACUGAAGCAACUGGGAGUAGAUGUUUCCAUAAAACCUCGGCUGGGUGCUGAUGAAGAUUCCUUUGUGAUACUUGAUGAACCUGAAACAAACAAAGAACUGGAAGCCUUGAAGCAGCGUUUCUGGAAGCAUGCUAAUCCAGCAGCCAAACCCAGGGCUGGUCAGACCAUAAAUGUGAACGUCAUAGUGAAAAACGUGGGCACGGAUGGAAAGGAAGAGCUAAAGGCAGACGUGGUACCUGUGACUUUGGCAGCUGAGAAGCUAGAUGGAGCAAGCCACACAAAACCAGGUGAAAAGCUUCAAGUGCUAAAAGCUAAACUGCAAGAAGCAAUGAAACUCCGAAGGUUUGAGGAACGCCAGAAGCGCCAAGCUCUGUUUAAAUUAGACAAUGAAGAUGGGUUUGAGGAAGAGGAGGAGGAAGAGGAAGAAAUGACUGACGAAUCUGAGGAAGAUGGAGAAGAGGAGGAGGAAGAACUGGAAGAAGAGGAGAAAGAAGAGGAAGAAGAUGAAGGCAAUCAGGAGGUUGUAGAAUUUCUUCUUAGUAGUGAAGAAAUAGAAACCAAAGAUGAAAAAGAAAUGGAUAAAGAAAAUACUGAUGGCAGUAGUGAGACUGGCAAGUCAGUUGGCUUUCUCUCUGUUCCCAAGACUCUCUCGUCAGAUUCCACCCUACUUCUGUUUAAGGACAGUUCUUCCAAGACGGGUUACUUUCCUACUGAAGAAAAGUCAGACACAGAUGAAAACUCAGGCAAACAGCCUAGCAAACUGGAUGAAGAUGAUUCAUGUUCAUUGCUAACAAAGGAGAGCAGCCACAAUAGCAGCUUUGAGCUGAUUGGCUCCACAAUCCCAUCCUACCAGCCUUGCAACAGACAAACAGGCCGUGGGACCAGUUUUUUCCCUACAGCAGGAGGAUUCAGAUCUCCUUCCCCAGGGCUAUUUCGAGCCAGUUUGGUCAGCUCAGCUUCUAAGAGUUCAGGGAAACUGUCUGAGCCUUCACUUCCCAUAGAGGAUUCCCAGGAUCUUUAUAACGCCUCCCCAGAGCCUAAGACACUUUUCCUGGGAGCAGGAGACUUCCAGUUCUGUUUAGAAGAUGACACUCAGAGCCAACUGUUGGAUGCAGAUGGGUUCUUAAAUGUUGGAAACCACAGGGAUCAGUACCACACUUUGAAGCCUCGACUGCCAUUGGCCAGCAUGGACGAGAAUGCCAUGGAUGCCAACAUGGAUGAGCUGUUGGAUCUGUGCACUGGGAAGUUUACAUCUCAGGACGAAAAAUGUCUACCCAUGAAGAGUGACAAGAAAGAGAACAUGGAGGAACUUCUGAAUCUUUGUUCAGGAAAAUUCACUUCUCAGGGUGCCUCCACCCUGGCUCCAUCAGAGUUAAGCAAGCAGGAGAAGGAGAGCAGCAUAAGUGAUCCAAUGGAAGAAGCGCUCGCGCUUUGCUCCGGCUCUUUUCCAACAGACAGGGAAGAAGAAGGUGAAGAAGAGGAGCUUGGAGACUUUCGACUGGUCCCAAAUGAUAAUGAGUUUGAUGAUGAGGUGAGUCUGAAGACAACAAAGAGGUUGAAGAAAUACUUGGAGGAUGAGGCGGAGGUGUCGGGAAGUGAUGUGGGAAGUGAAGAUGAAUACGAUGGGGAAGAGCUUGAUGAGUAUGAAGAGGACGUAAUUGAUGAAGUACUUCCUUCUGAUGAGGAACUGCAGAGUCAAAUCAAGAAAAUACACAUGAAAACCAUGUUGGACGAUGAUAAACGACAGCUACGUUUAUACCAAGAGAGGUAUCUUGCUGACGGGGAUCUGCACAGCGAUGGUCCUGGGCGAAUGAGGAAAUUCCGAUGGAAAAACAUAGAUGAUGCUUCCCAGAUGGAUUUGUUCCACAGAGACUCUGAUGAUGAUCAGAUCGAAGAACAGCUUGAUGAGACAGAAGCCAGGUGGAGGAAGGAGCGAAUUGAACGGGAGCAGUGGCUUCGGGACCAGGCACAGCAAGGGAAAAUUACAGCUGAAGAAGAGGAAGAAAUUGGGGAAGACAGUCAGUUCAUGAUGAUUGCCAAAAAAGUUACAGCCAAAGCACUGCAGAAGAAUGCCAGUUGCCCUGUGGUUAUUCAGGAAUCAAAGUCUUUACUCGGAAACCCUUUUGAAGCCAUCAGACCAGGAAGUACUCAUCAGCUGAAGACAGGUUCGUUGCUAAACCAGCCCAAAGCUGUGCUUCAGAAACUGGCUGCCCUUUCUGACCCCAAUCCCAGUGCUCCUCGAAAUUCAAGAAAUUUUGUCUUUCAUACACUUUCUCCUGUCAAGGCAGAGGUGGCAAAGGAAUCGUCUAAGCCUCAGGUAAGAAGAAGGGGUCCAUCUUUAAUGACAUCUCCUUCACCUAAGCGCCUCAAAACAGAUGAAAGCCCUUCAGGAUUGAAACAAAGCAUCUUCAAGUACUUGGAAAGCUAACACCAUCAAUGGGGCCAGCAUCUAAGCUGAGACUGCUUUGAGAAG